CAGUCGCGACGCCAUUUGCUGCGGCUGAGCGUGGGCGCAGGCGGAUCUCGGAAGAAGUCGGUUGCGAGACUCUCCCGCGCACGCGACCCGGCCUCGCUUGCCUGUUUGGUACCGCGCGGUCUCACGCGUCGCCCUUGGGGCCCCUCGGAAGAGUCGCUGCUGCCGCCGCCACCACCACCACCACUCGGAUAGGAGUCGGAAACGCCGGGAGGCCGCCGUCACCGCCAUGCCCAAGAAUAAAGGUAAAGGAGGUAAAAAUAGACGCAGAGGUAAGAAUGAGAAUGAAUCUGAAAAGAGAGAGCUGGUGUUUAAAGAAGAUGGACAGGAAUAUGCUCAAGUAAUCAAAAUGUUGGGAAAUGGACGAUUAGAAGCCAUGUGUUUUGAUGGUGUAAAGAGGUUAUGUCACAUCAGAGGGAAAUUGAGGAAAAAGGUUUGGAUAAAUACCUCAGACAUUAUAUUGGUUGGUCUCCGAGACUACCAGGAUAAUAAAGCUGAUGUAAUCUUAAAAUACAAUGCAGAUGAAGCUAGAAGUCUAAAGGCGUAUGGCGAGCUUCCAGAGCAUGCUAAAAUCAAUGAAACGGAUACAUUUGGUCCUGGAGAUGAUGACGAAAUUCAGUUCGAUGACAUUGGAGACGAUGAUGAAGACAUUGAUGAUAUCUAAAUUGAAUUCAACAUUUUACAUUCCAAUUUCUCUGAGGAUUGUUCCAACAAUUUGGAUUUUGGCUGUGACCUGUUAAAGAAGAUAAAAAUUUAUUAGCAUGAGUGCAAUUUGUUAAGGCAGACUGAUUUGUUUCUAAGGUAUUUCUUGAAAAACCAGUAAUGCCGAAUUCUCUUACAUGAAAUGUUAAGCCCCCUUUGUUCUUUUGAUGUAUUGGAGCUUAUAGGUAAAAGACUACAUCUACUAUUUUUUAAAAAGAGGAGAAAAAUGCAUUACUGCCUUUCCUACUUUGACCACUUCCAGUUAGUAAAUGAAUGUUCCAAAUAAACCAUUUACCAUACAUUCAUUAUGGAUCAUGAUUAAGCCCUAACUUUGACUAGCCUGUUGACCGUACAUUGACUUUCUGUAUAUUCCAGUUACUUAGAUGUUCCCUUGAGAUUUUGAUACAAUUUAAAAGAGACAGAAAUCUGCAUUUGAAUUAAAAAAUGAUUAGGUCAGUUUUUCAUAUUUAAGUAGCAUGUGGCUAUUUUUGUACUAAUUUUGAUAUCACUUACGUUCUUUCAUAACCUUAUUUUGCCACUAUAAACAUAUCAACAAAAAAGCAUUUACAAAAUGCAGGUUUUAGGACCUGGGUUUUAAUAGCAGUUUUUAAUUUGUAAGGUUAGUAGUUACAGGAAUCAAACAGUAGGUGGCACCUAGUCAUCUUAACAUUGAAAUAUUGCUAUAGUUGUCCAUUUUUUUUUCUUACUAUGCUUAGGAAAUUUCCCAAACAAGAAAAGAUUGUUUUGAUCAUGUGCAUGUAUGUAGAAAAUUUUUAAAGAACAAAACUAUUGUUAAAAGUGUCAUUUUAUUUCAGAAGUCAUAUACAUAAGCUGCAAUUUUGAGUGCUUUGUAAACACUUAAAGUAUGUAUAAAUGAAAAUUUAAUUUCCUAACAACUGUAUAAUUAAGCUUUUUUCAAACCAUCC